GCACAUUUAACUGUGAAGUUUGCAGCGGGAGAGGCUUUCCUUCAAGCUGUUAGUGUUUUAUCCUGGCAGGCUCCUCGAGGUUGUUGUGAGGAGUCUCGCCAGUUGGUGAGCUUUGUAAUCUAAACCAGCUGUCCCAGGCUGAGGCCCCCAUUUGCAUUGUUUAACAUACUUAGAAAAUGAAGUGUUCAUUUUUAACAUUCCUCCUCCAAUUGGUUUAAUGCUGAAUUACAGAAGAGAACUAAGCAAAACCAGGUGCUUUCUCUGUAUUCUCUCCAGUGUCUGAGGAGGUACAGACGGCUCCCGAUCUUCUCCGUUACUUGCUAUUUCAUUCUUUGGACUAUAAAUGACUGAGGAACUGAAGUGCUAGCAGAGUGUAAUGUUUGGAAAAACUUUCUAGUUAUUCAUCAGCGCAGCCUCUGGUUUUUUUCCACCUUUCCCCAACGGUUUUGGACAUGCAAGGAUUAAAAAGGAUACUGACUGCUUUCACACUGGCCGUCUGCCUUUCAAGCCCCGGAAAAGCACAGCAACAAUGCACUAAUGGGUUUGACCUGGACCGUGCCUCUGGGCAAUGCUUAGAUAUUGAUGAAUGUCGGACUAUUCCUGAGGCCUGCAGAGGAGAUAUGGUGUGUGUCAACCAGAAUGGUGGCUAUUUAUGCGUACCCCGAACAAACCCAGUGUAUCGGUCACCAUAUCUGAAUCCUUAUUCAAAUAUUUAUCCACCGCCCCCAGCACCAGGCCCCGUUCCUAACUACCCGACUGUUACAAGACCUUUGAUGUGUCGAUUCGGUUUCCAGUUGGAUGAAAAUAAUCAGUGUGCUGAUGUGGAUGAAUGCGCUUCAGAUUCUCACCAGUGUAACCCCACCCAGAUCUGCAUAAAUACUGAGGGGGGCUAUACCUGUUCCUGCACUGAAGGCUACUGGCUGUUAGAAGGCCAGUGUUUAGAUAUAGAUGAAUGUCGCUACGGCUACUGCCAGCAGCUGUGUGCCAACGUGCCCGGUUCCUACUCCUGUACCUGCAACCCAGGCUUUACCCUUAAUGAUGACGGAAGAUCAUGCCAAGAUGUGAACGAAUGUACAAGCGAAAACCCUUGCACUCAGACCUGCGUCAAUACCUAUGGCUCUUUUCUCUGCCGCUGUGAACCUGGCUACGAACUGGAAGCUGACGGAGUUAACUGCAGUGACAUGGACGAAUGCAGCUUCUCAGAGUUCCUCUGCCAGCACGAAUGUGUGAAUGGGCCUGGUUCUUACUACUGUAUCUGUCCUUCGGGCUAUAACUUGCUUGACGAUAGCAGAAGCUGCCAAGAUAUCAAUGAAUGUGAAAUCAGAAACUUCACCUGCACUCCGCAGCAAACGUGUUUCAAUAUCCCAGGAGAAUAUAAAUGUUUAGACCCAGUAAGAUGCGAGGAACCUUAUAUCCAGAUUAAUGAGAACCGCUGCAUGUGUCCAGCUGAAAACGCCGGUUGCAGAGAUCAGCCCUUCACCAUCUUGUACAGAGUGAUGGAUAUGGUGUCCGGGCGGUCGGUGCCUUCUGACAUUUUUCAGAUGCAAGCAACAACUCGCUACCCUGGAGCCUAUUACAUCUUCCAAAUCAAAUCAGGGAACGAGGGCAGGGAAUUCUACAUGCGGCAAACGGGACCCAUCAGUGCUACGCUGGUGAUGACCCGCCCCGUGAAGGGGCCCCGUACUGUUCAGCUGGACUUGGAAAUGAUCACCGUCAACACCGUCAUCAACUUCAGAGGAAGCUCUGUCAUCCGGCUGAGGAUAUACGUAUCACAGUACUCCUUCUAAACCUGGAGUUCGUGCCCUGGAAACAUUAAAACAAAAGAGACGGUUCCUUCUCUGCAGAACUCUCUCCUCAGAAGCCAGUACGUAUAGCAGCUCUAAACCAAACCAGUAUUUCCACAGACCCGGUGACCUACACCUGCCUGAGGAGGGAGGUCUCUCCAUGCACAGUCCCUGCCAGGAUGCAGACAUCUGAAGAUGUACCGUCAGCAGAUCCCCUACGAUUCUCUCUGUGGUUAUGUAUUUUAAGGACUCUUCUUUCCAUUGUAAACACUUCUAGGGUAUGAGUCUAUGUUUGAAAGACUGUGAACCUUUGUAGCUCCAAGGCUGCUUAGCAAAAAGCACCAAAGAAACUGAGGAAAAAGCUGGCUUUUGCAAUCUUGCCUUUUUUUUUAUUUUUUUCAUUGUAAAUGGAAAGCAGACAAACAAGCAGAAACACAAACAAAAAGCCACCUAUUGAAACAAGGGAUCUCAGAAGUGCUAACUUACAUUCCCAAUUAUCUCUGGAAUUAUCAGUCAGGCACUUUGUCUCAAUUCACCCUGCAUUUGUCUUAGUUUCACCUGUUUUUUUCUUUGAUUCUAUUUUAUAGUUAAAAAUCAUUGUAAAUUCAUUCCAAAAUACAUGUUGUACUAUGUAAUCUUCUACUUUCUAACAAAGCGUCACAUGUUUGGGUUCCUUCCUGUAUUAAAUCUUUCUAUAUAACAGAGUUCACAGAAAUCUAUCACUGGUUGGUAUGUUUUACAAUGUUUAGGGUGUUUUAUCCUUAUUUACACCCCGACUCUUUGACACAGCCCUCCACUGCCAGAAUAGUGUCCAGGGACUUUAGAGCAGAUGAGAAUCAGAACUUUAUCUUUCCCUGAGUGUGCUAGUUGCAAACAGUUUGUAAUGGUUAUAAGGUAGUGGUACUAAUUGUAGUUAAGGCUGCAAUUAAUCUCCUGGUCAAGGACCACUCAGCUCAGACCCGUCCAAAUUCCUUCAGAAAAAAAAAUGAAUUGUUCUGUUCAUGCACAGUCUCUCUCCUACAUUCCAAACACCGGGGAAAAUAAGCUGAAAAGAACUUGGACUUAUUGUUUGUGCCUCUGCCACAAAGCAGACCCCCACUAUACCAGUACCCAGACCUCAAAUGACGGGAUCCCACAGUUUCCAUAGGCAAUGUCUUCUCAGGUAUAACUGCUGUAACCAAGAGAAAGUUUCUCCUAAAGUCUAAUCUGAAUCUCCGCUGUUGUAAUUUCAAUCCAUUGCUUUUUAGCCUACUUCCAGUAGAAAUAGAGAACAGUUUAUCUUCCCCUUUGCAGCAGUCUUUAACAUGUCUGAAGACUGUUGUCAUGUCUCCCCUCAGACUGUUUCUCUCUAGUCUAAACAAACCCAAUUCUUUUGGUCUUUCCUCAUACAUCACAUUUUCUGGACCUUUGAUCAUUCUUGUUGCUCUCGCCUGGAUUCUCUCCAGUUGGUUCACAUCUUUCUUCAAGUGCAGUGCCCAAAACUGUGAAAAGUAUUCCAGCUGAGGCCUCACAGUGCUAAGCUAAAUCGAUAUGUAUGUUUAGAAGUUUGAAAAAAAAAUAAUAAAUAAUUGUAUAGUUUGGAGGUAUAAUGCUCACCUUGUUGAAACCACUGGCAGUUUGGUCUUUUGUUUUAGUAGGGAUGAGGGUUCAUACGCCUCGUUCUUAAAUUUCUCUGAAGCAAGCUCUUUUGCUUCUUCCCCCUGCUUUUUUCUUAUUGUCUCAUUUGCUCUUCAGCAUCACCAGGGCAGGAAAGAUAACCUUUGCUUUGUCUUUUUGAGGGCUGGAAGUGCUUAAUGCUACUCGGGAAAAGGAGUUUAUGAAGAUUAUAACGCAAGCAGGCUGGAGCAUAACAGAAGCAUUAUGUGGGGUAUUCAUUAAAGUAGAGUAUUAAAUGGGAGAAUACAGACUCAGAAAGUUACCACAACACAGGCUGCGUGACACAAUCUGAAAAUUGACCCUCUUGUUCCUAAUAAGCUUUGUGAGUUAGCCUGGAGUUGUUUUUCCCUUGCUUUAGUAGAGACUCUGCUCUUUUUACUUGUACUCAGCUUGAAGGAAGCCCUGAUGCAAUGGCUCACAGCAAGGAAAUGCUGAGCUGAGUGUGCUUAACAGCUUCCAUUUCUAUACAGUUUAAAGUUUUCUCUGUGCUGCUACAGUGUCCUGGGAUCCUGUGGCUCAGAGCUCUGUGCACAGGCUGUCCUUUAUUGUAGAAACAAAAAGGCUGGAGCCUGACUGCAGGGUUUAGUGGGCCAAGUUGAGGGCAGGACGCCAAUGACUUUUGUGAGUAGCCGACUUGGAGGAGAUAAAUGUAGAGGAAACGUGCAGAGAAAUAUCAGAAACAAGAAUGUGUUUCCUGAAUGUAUCAUGGCUCAUCGUACACCACAGUCUUGGAGGGGAAGAAUAGAGAUGACCAGGAAGGAGGAAUGCUAGUUUAUAACCGUGGGGCUAGAAGUGCUCAUGUGUCCCAGGCGAUGGAAGUGAGACGUGGGAAACAAGUCGGCUCUGGUGGCCCAGACAGCAGACAAGGGGCAGGCAGAGCCUUGCAUUAAAGAUGUUAAACUCUCAACAUACUGAAAGUUUUCCCAGUGCUUAAAAGCCCCCUUUGCCCCCUUGUGUGCCCCUAUGUUAUGGCUUCUUCAUGUCCAGUUGAGGAGUCCUCUCUCUUCCUGCCAUCACAUCACCUUCUGGAGAGGAAGCGCGCCCUUGUUAGACGUCAGACAGCUUCUCACUUCUGGGCUGUUCUCCCAUGGCCCCCACAUACCAACCUGAUUUAACCCUAAUUUAGAAACAUCAAAACCCAGAGGAAUUCCAUAACAAAACACUUUGUUAAAAGAGUAGAGCUUGAACGCUUGGUUUUAGCAGGGUCCAGCAAGUACUCAUAAAACAAUAUUACACUUUCUAUAUAAACAUUCUGCGCCUUAAAAAAAAAAAGUGAAAAGUCUGGAAACAAAGGAAUUCAGCCACUUCUCAACCGCCAUAACAUCUUUCAUCACUCACUAUCACUCCAGCCAACUUUAACUUUGCCAAAAUAUAUGCCAAUCUCAAAAUAAUAAAUUACUAGCAGUUUAUAACAUAUAAACUCUCCAUUUCCUAGUCAGGGGUCUGUUUCCAACAGACCAUUGCAGGCUCGUAUAUUACAGCAAUUCCCACCAAAUGAAAAAAAAAAAAAGGGGGCUAUGCAUGUCAGGUUUUUACAGCAUGAAAGUUAAAAAUGCAAACUUGCAACUGCUGUAUACAUUCACAUUCUCCUUUGAGGCCGGGCCUCCCUAAAAGCAGACAGAAUUCCAGGUCUGCUCAGAAAAUGAUUCUUUAUUCCAACCUAUUGCAGAGGAUUUUCUAACACAGAGAGUUUUACCAUAUGGUUAAUAGACAGUGUUCUGGAGGGCACUGACCCUGGUCUGGGCACGUGUGGCUUCCCUCCAGCUCUGCUCCGACACGCUCCUCGCUUGGGGCGGGAGAGCCGUUCCCUGGCCGAGCUGGGGUGGGACACAGCUCUUUGCCCCUCCUGCCUGUCUGCCAUCAGGUCUGUUUAAACAAAGGUCCUCCGGAGAAAGAUUGCCUCUCACUAUGUGUUUGCACAGCACCCAUUGCCAGUGCAAUAAUUGGAAUAAAAGUAAACAAAAGCAGAAACGGCAGUAAUCUUUGAUACAGAUCACAGUGAUUGGGAAGGAGAAUCUAUUCUGAUAAAUGAACCCAGCGACUCACGCUAGUCAGGUUAGGUGCCAGAGGUCGAAGAAUGGCAAGAGAUGAAUCAUCCAAGAGAUGAAUGUGUCCUAUCAUCUGGCUUAUUUGACUUUGAGGUGUUUUUAGGGGAUUGACUUUUUUUGAGACAGACAACAAAAUGUAUUUCAUCUAUGAGUUUGCUGGAUCCCACAGAAUCACUUUUCAACUUGUGCUUCUCUGACAACAAUAACUUUAUUGAGAAUAAGUAAGCUUCUUUGAGUAUCUGGUCACCGAGCAUCACCGAGUGGAGUCUCCAGGGCCAUUCGCACACAGCUUUCUCCUUUUCAAUUUGGGGGCCUGUACUCAUAUUUACCUUUUUUUGGCUCAGCUUUUAGAAGAGUAAACUUUCAUUGUUUCAUAAACAUGGUAUCAGCAUCAGUUGAACUUACAUAUUCAUUUUUCUCUGUCUAGAGCAAGCAGAGCAAUAGAAUCAGUACAGUUUGUGGUCAUUCAAGUUCUCCAGUCUGGCUUAUUCGCAGAAUAUGCUACUGAAUGUCUUCUGUAGUGUGUAGCUGUAUUAGGACCCACUGUUCUAAGAUGUUAAAAAGAAAAAAAGGAAUAAAAGUAUGCCCUAACAUUAUUCAAGCCUGACAGGCACUCUUGUUAAAAUAAAUCUCUAUCCUGGAUGGACAAAACCUUCAGCUGCUGCUAAUUUGCAUGACUGCUGCUCUUUAAUGGAAAGAUAAAAGUCAUCCUUAGGACCUUCCCUCUGUGUGUGUAAUGCACCGUGCAUGUAUAUCUAUACAAGGAGAAUUUACAGAAGCUAAAACUAGUUGUGGUAGCGUGGCUCUGCCUUUGGAAGUCAAAGAGUUGCAAGACAACACGGCACAAGCAAAUUGUGUUUCCUCAUCUGACGCUAGUGCAGACAAGUGGUUUACACCCAUCACAUUUUGUUGUUUUAAGUCUCUGAACCAAUUUUGAAUAGCUCAGCCCCAAAGCAGGUGCCAUGCAUGAAGACUGAGGCUGAUGGUCAUAACUUUCGGGGAUUCCGCAGAAAGCCUGCCCAGAAAGGUGACCUGUGCUGACGGGUCAGUGCCGUAGGGAGUGUAAUGGUCCAGGGGUAUUUGCGCAGGGACGUUUCUGAUCCUGCAGCUGCCUCUUUCCUCGCCUGUUUCAGUGUAGAGUGCAUCUGCUGUCUGUAAGCGUGCACAUCCGAGGUGGAAAUCUCACCUGUUCCACUUCUGAGUUCAAACUUCUGAGAUCCCUCUAGUGGUUUCCACUGGCCAAACUGAUCCCGCCCCUACCCACCCCUCCCCCCCGCCAUGUAACUCAACUAAUAUUGGUGAAGGCACACGAGGGAGUCUGGGGACAAGGCAGAUAGAUACACUUGUACACCAGCAAGUAAAUAAUGAUGCAGUAACCUUGGUGUAAGAAUGGAGGAAAGUAGCUGGGUAGCAAAGGGAUCUUUAGAAAACACUUCAGUGACCAAAAAUUCCUGAAAUGUUCAAUCUCUUUCAAUUGAGAAAGCUGGGGAGGGGCUGUUUGCGAGGGCAUGUAGCGAUAGGACGAGGGGCAAUGGUUUUAAACUAGAGCAGGGCAGGUUUAGAUUAGACAUUAGGAAGAAGUUCUUUACAAUGAGGGUGGUGAGACACUGGCCCAGGUUGCCCAGAGAGGUGGUGAAGGCCCCAUCCCUGGAGACAUUCAAGGCCAGGCUGGAUGAGGCUCUGAGCAACCUGAUCUAGUUAAAGAUGUCCCUGCUUACUGCAGGGGGGCUGGACUAGACGACCUUUAAAGGUCCCUUCCAACCCAACACAUUCUAUGAUCCUAUGAAUUCCCUUUUGUAUCUCAGAAGCCACUCAUUCUCCCUUUUGAUUUUGUCCUGGACAAGUGAUCUCAUUAUGGUCACGCACUGCAAGCACAUGCUGAGUGAGCUCCACUUCUCCUCCGGCACCACAUAACAUUUUUCACUUUGCUUUCUGGAGAUCAGUUGUAGGCUAUGUGUCUCUUCUAGGCUCUGACUGACCUCGGUUGCUUUUCUCAUAGCCAAGGCAGAUCAUGCCAGGUUCCUCUGCACCCACCAUCUGUACAACAAGCUCUUCAUGUGUCUCACUGGAAAUGCAGGCACUGCUGUUGGCCCAUCAGCCGCUUUUGUACCCCUCUCCCCCUGCAGUGUCGGUAGGCACCCUUACAGCAAAGUAUUAGGUCUGAAUGGCCGAAGGGAUCACGCAGCCUGCUGGCAGAGCCUGGCUUCAGGAAGAAGAUUAAAAAAAAACAACCCACAAGCCCCCAGUUUUGAAGGCGAUAGAUGCUCUUUUAGGUCCUGAUGAAUCACUUUUCUCCUGAAAUUGCGUCUACAUCAUGCUGGCUUGACAGUCUCAAGGCUUUUCAAGAAGGACAUGCUUAUGCAAUACAUCUUUAGGCUCUUCACACUUUGAUGGGGUUUUCCCAGUUUGCAGACGGAGUAUUUGGCCCAGUCAGAGAGAGUGCAAUGUGAUCACCCCGAAGCUGAAGUCAGUGAUCACCUUACAUCAGGUCUGGAUUUAGCCGAGUUUUAUUAUAAGCCUCGAAUCUCAGUGUCAGUGGUAUAAAUGUAAACAGAUCUGUAUUAUUUUGACAGUAGAGCUGAAAGAUUGUUUCCAGUAAAUAAACAGUAGUAUGAUUGCAGUAUCUCUUUCUCUGUGGGCACUGUCUUUGGGUACUUUAAGAUUUCUUGAGAUAUCCUUUGGCACUUCAAAAUUUCCUCUGCUAUUUCAAGCUAUUCAUUGAUGUGUUUCCGUGAGUGGUUCCUCGUCCCUGUUCUUCAAAGGUCAACGCAGGCACUUGACUCUACAUACUGUUAAAACAUCAACUAUACCCAAGCCUUUGCAGAGUCAUGACUCAUGCAUCGUUCAUAGGAGUCGGUCCUCUCUGUAACCUAUAAGGAAUUACGUUGACUUCCUUGAGAUUCUGCAGUGUUCAAAGUAAUGCAUGUGCUUGUGUUUUUCAAGACUGGGACCUUAGUCUGGAGACUGUUCAUCAGCAACUUGCUGCAAAUGUUCUGUAUUCAACAUGUGAAAUCAUAGCUACAAAGGUUAGUUUUGACAAAAUCCUCAAAAUAUAUGGUGCUUCCUGGCUGCCUACAUAUAACGCACACACAAUUCAAAAGUCCAGCACCAGAGUUCUCCAGUGUUCAUAAGAAAUCAUUGUUUUUAAGAAACAUUUUGGUCAGUAAACUCAUUUUGUAGAUUAUGUGAAAUGCAAACAAAAAGGCUGCCAAGAUUACACAGAUUUGUGAUUCAAAUCAGUAUCCCCAAGAAAACCUGAAUGGAGUUCAUAAUUUUAAAAAGUUCCUUUGGACUAUGACAUCUGAUGCCAUUCAGGGAGAGGAAGGGGACAGAAAAACUGCCAGCUUCUGAAACAGCAGCUAUUCUACCGAGAUCCUGGGGCUCCUGCAGCAAUCAAACACCCGUCAGCCCAAGCCUCCACCCCAGCCCAGUGAGGAAGGCGCAAAACUCAUAGAGACAUGUCCUCGGCUGGAGGAGAGAUAUCUUCAUUGGCUUCUUAAUGAUGUCAAGUGGCGAUCUGCUUCAUAGCAUGUAUAAAAUUUCUCAUUGUGUUUACACAUCUAUGGAAAAUUUAAAAUGACAGGACCAAGCUGUUGCCUACCACAUGCACACUACCUGCAGCGAGCUCCAGCAAAUCCUGCUGCCAUUCCCCAGGGCUGUGCUCACUUAGAAUUACCCGCUCUGAUUUGGCCUGAGUUAUGAUGGUGAAAAUGACAGCAUUCGGUUCACACCAGUGUAAAGUCAUUCCCAUAGAUGGAAAAAAAGAGAAUUAUUGAGGGAUAAAAUUACAAUUGAACCAGAAAGUUAAUAAAAAAGAGCUUGCUCGUUAGUUAACCUUCAGUGCUUUGGUUAUGAUGUCAUUGGUAAGGAGAAAAAUAAUCAACCACAAACCCAAAAUAUUAAAAAGGAGAUUAUCUCCUUAGAAAGAUAAAUGCCCAUGUAGCCUAUAAAUAGCUCUGGAAUGAAGACAUCCCACGCAACAUCUGGAAAAGGAAGAAUUCACUCCUCUACCUCCAGCAUCCCUGUCUCCCACCAUCAGGAUUAAGCACAGUUGAUCCUUACUAGGAUACAGCCACAAUGGCUGGAUGACGGAUGGGCCAAGGAAGAGGCAGCCAUGGCCAGAGGCAAGGGAAGGACAAACCAAGGUAGUGUAAAAGUACGGAAUGCUCCCAGUGUGCAGGCUCUCUGAGACAAGUCUCUCUCUUGCUGUAUGAAGCUUUUUAGCUUUGCUUGGGCCUUUGAAAGACAGAAAAUUUCUAACAGUCACUUCAAUAAAAAUAGGAAGGCAGCAUUCAUGGGUUUGAAUAAAGCAUCAGUUUUCAAAAAAAUCAGGCAGCUUGGGCCAACCUGUCACCUAAUGAGAUGCACCCGACACUGGUAGCCUCUAAGUACAAUUUAAGGUGUAGCACAUAUAACACCACCUCAUACCAACAGUUUCUCUGCAACCAGUAGAGGUGCAGGCAGAAGGACUCGCUGCCCAGCUCGAUGGAUGCACCACACAACUUCUGCUUAAACAGUCAUUUCCCUAACUCUUACUUGCAGGCUGUCCAGAUUAAUAAACAUGUUAUAUUUUGUAGUCUUCAUUCAUUUCAGAAGAAUAAUACUGUAAUUUAAAAUGGAUGGUUUCAAUGUCCCUCGUCCUGCCCCUUUAACCUAUAACCAUUAUUUCAUUUGUAGCAGAAAAUGAGCUUUUAAUUCUUGUAUUGUUUUGCAACUUGUGAGCAAGUUACAUUGAAUACACCA